UCCUUUCUCCAAUACUUUUUUGAUACCAUGAGUGCAUUUCACUUCGCUAUAUAAAGUAAGGUCACCCGUAGUUUUCGACAUCAGAAACCAUUUGUUCGCACUCCAAACAACACCUCACUAAAGUCCUGCAACAUGUACUCCAAGAUCAUCGUUGUUCUUGCUCUUGUGGCUGCCGUCAGUGCUCAGUCUCACUAUGGCCAUCAACAACAAUACCAACCUCAGCACUAUCACCACGAAGAAGAGCAUCACGGACCAGUGCACUACGAGUAUCACUACGAUGUGCACGAUGAUCACACUGGCGAUGUCCAUGGACAGAAGGAGGCCCGUAAGGACCACUCUACUCAGGGCGAGUACUAUCUGAUCGAUGCCGAUGGCCACAAGCGUACCGUCACGUACCACGUUGAGGGUAAGAGCGGAUUCAUCGCUCAGGUUCACCGGGAACCGAUCAAGGGAUACCAGGCGCCUCAGCCUCAACACCACUACCAGCCGCAAUACCAACAUCAGGCUCCUGCUCACCAAAACUAUCAUCACUAGAACGAAAUAAUUCACAUAGCCCUGUUACGAAAUUGGUAACAGGCACUUUUUUAAUCGUAUCAGUUAUUUUAAUAGAACAAUUAUGGUAUAAAUAAAAUGUUUGCUUUACAUGUGAUCAAAUUCAAAUAAUUGUAAUAAGGUUUGAAGAAUGUAUUUCAAUUAAGUUAUUGUAAUGUUUCGUAUGAUGGGGGAUCUAACGGUAUGCACAGUAGGUGGUCUGCCGAUUAGAGAAGCUCCGUAAAAAGGAAAAUGUUCAAGAAUAUUGAUAUAUAAAAGAAAGUGCAGUACGCUCGUCAGUACGUUGAUAUAGAACCUGAAAGAGCUCAGUCACACUAAAUAUAAGCAUUAAGCAUAUACGCACAAAAAUGUCUGAUGCCUGAUGUCGGUUUUAAUCAUAAGAGGAUCCACUAUCGUUAUAAACAAAGUCUUAUUCUAUACCUCAGCCGUGUCUUAUAUGCACCUAUCACUUUGAUGGCCAAAUUUCAACAAAAAAAAAACAAAAAAAGCAAAAUAUUCAGUCCUGUGUAAGGGGGUACGGUCCGUAUGGGAUUUGAUACCCGGUCCUGUUGUGUAUACUGGUAUACUCCUCUUGUGUGUAUACGACCACCACUUAUAACUGUUCUUAUUAAGCGGAAGCCGCUUUGAAUUAAAUUUUAACUAUGUAAAUCAUUUAGUGCGCGAGAACGAUCGUAUAGCAUAGCGUACCUCCAUCCUCUGCCCCAAAGAUAAAUUUUAAUUACAACCUUGUGAAUAUUUGCACCAAAUGCUAUAACAAUUUAUACAACAGCUUUACAAACAAAGAGAUGACUAUUGUUAUAAUAUAUAAUGUGAGAAUCAGUGAUCACUACAUGGUCUUGGUUAAAAUAUAAAUAAUGGGUGAAACAAUAUGACGAUCUGUCGCUAUUCAGUGCGUAUCCAAUGCAUCACGAGCAAUGAUUUUUAUUUAUAUGAAUUACUUAAAGCGCUCAAGUUUUAAAUAUGAAAAUUUUCUUUUUCUUAUUCGUUUGACUCUUUCUCUCUCUCUCUCUCUCUCUCUCUCUCUCUCUUUAUAUCUAUAUGUUUAAUCUCCUUAUCAUUUUUCCUGGUUCAACAACUUUUUGUAUCAUUUUUUUUAACCAUGCAAUUGAAAAGUCAAAAUUUUCUCUAAGAAAACGGUUCCAAUGAGAAUCGGUCUACGAUUUUCGGUGUAGUGGACUGAACACUAAUGCAUAAUCAUCCCUUAUAAAGUAUCAGUUGAAAAAAAACAAUUU